GAAAUAUUUAUCGCGAUGGUUCGCUCCUACAGAAAAUACGAGGUUUCUCAAACAUUUGGCACCGUCUGCACGGCAUCGUCAAAUUGUGUCUGGGCACCCGACGGUUCAGGUCGAGGCACUGGCGCUGGCAAAGUUUACGUCGGAGCCAAUGAAGAAGUAUUUUGCUGGGAUGUUAAAAAGAGCGAGCUUCUAUCUCGAUGGCACGAUAAAGACAACAGAAGUGAAGUGACUUGUAUAUCACAAUGCAACGUCCAGCCAGAUCUAUUCGCAGUUGGCCACAAUGACGGCUCAAUUCGAAUAUGGGAUGCGCUAUCCGGCCAGAUUGUCGUGAGCUUCAAUGGGCAUCGUAGCGGCAUUACUCAUCUACAAUUCGAUCAGAACGGGACUCGACUUGCGAGUGGAAGCAAAGAUACCAACAUCAUCGUCUGGAACUUGUUAUCAGAGGCUGCAGAAUUCAGAUUGCGCGGGCACAAGGAUCAAAUCACAGGACUGUCGUUUCUUCGCACACGCAAUUUUCAGGUAGAUGGAGCUGACGCCGCACUUGACGGGACUCCCGAAGAGAACUAUCUGUUGUCUACAUCAAAAGACGCGCUGGUCAAAAUUUGGGACCUCGUGACGCCGCACUGCAUCGAGACACAUGUCGCACAAACCAGCGGAGAAUGUUGGGCCCUCGGGAUGAGCGCCGAUGGCGACGGUUGUAUCACUGCAGGUAAUGACGGCGAACUUAAGAUCUGGAAUGUCGACCUCGAUGCGCUUGCAGAAAUCGGUCGUCAAGGCAGCGAUGGCAAAAAGCAGGACGUGUUGCAAAGUCGUGGCAUCAUACAGCGGCAAGGAAAGGACAGGACGAUAGGAGUCUCAUUUCAUACUAAGCAAGACUAUAUUGCUGUGCAUGGAUCAGAGAAAGUGGUGGAAAUACUGCGGAUAAGGACAGCCGAGGAGGUGCACCGACACAUGCUUCGCAAGCGGAAAAGGAGACGUGAAAAGGCUGCCGCCGCUGGAGAGACAGUGCAAACUGAGCCUGAAGAGACGCAGGAGGCACCUGAGGUUGGUGAUGUCUUUGUACCGUUCGUCAUGUUACGGACUAGCGGAAAAGUCAGAUCUGUGCAAUGGGUGACGACCGGCCCGAAGGCGUCCAAGAAUCUUCACAUUCUUGCCGGUACCACUAACAACCAGCUCGAAAUGUACAGCAUCGGGAAUCAUGCGACGCAGCAGAAGGCUGGCCAUAAAGAUGCACCGGAUUACACUCGGACGCUUGGUGUUGAUCUACCAGGGCACCGCGCAGAUAUUCGCACGUUGGCCCUCUCCUCUGAUGAUCGUAUGUUAGCAAGUGCCUCGGCGGGCGCUCUGAAAAUUUGGAAUAUUCGCACGCAAUCAUGUCUACGCACGCUCGAAUGUGGUCAGGCACUCUGUUCGGCUUUCCUACCUGGUGACCGGAUCGUUCUAUUGGGAACGAAGUCGGGUGAACUCGAGCUAUACGACAUCAGCACCAGCACACUGAUUGAAAAGAUCGAGGCACACGAAGGAGCUAUCUGGACGUUGGCUGUGCACCCAGACGGCAAAUCUGUCGUUACUGGGUCAGCAGACAAAAGUGCCAAGUUCUGGAAAUUUGACGUUGUCGAAGAAGAGGUCCCCGGGACGAGAAGAACUACACAACGACUCAAGCUGACCCAAACACGACAAAUGAAGCUUGCCGACGAUAUCCUCAGUCUAUGCUUCUCACCCGAUUCAAGAUUGAUUGCCGCCAGUACGCUCGACAACACCGUCAAAGUGUUCUUCACGGACAGCCUCAAGUUAUUUCUCACACUCUACGGGCACAAAUUGCCGGUGCUAAACUUGAGUAUCAGCUCUGAUUCGAAGCUGAUCGCUACAUGUUCAGCAGACAAGAAUGUCAGAAUAUGGGGUCUCGACUUUGGUGAUUGCCAUAAAGCGUUCUUUGCACAUCAGGACUCCGUCAUGCAAGUUGCAUUUAUCCCGCAUCCGAUGGAACACGACGAGAAGCAUAUCAUCUUCAGUGCCAGUAAGGACGGUGUCGUGAAAACGUGGGAUGGUGACAAGUUCGAGCAGAUCCAACGACUCGACAGUCAUCACGGAGAGAUCUGGGCGAUGGCGAUUAGUCGCACCGGUGAGACCAUUGUCACGGCUUCACAUGACAAAAGCAUCAGGUCGUGGCAAAUCGGCGAUGACCUGAUCUUUCUCGAGGAAGAACGCGAGCGUGAGAUGGAAGCAUUACACGAAGCGACUCUGGCAGACACGAUGGAUCAUGAUUUCCGUGACGGCGAAGACCAAGAUGACGAAGUCGCCGCCGCAAGCAAACAGACCAUCGCGACUUUGACGCACGGGGAGAAAUUGAUGGAGGCUCUCGAGGUCGGUCUUGAAGACUACGAGCUAAUGCUCGCCUUCGAGCGUGACCGGCAACGCAAUCCCAAGACUGCAGUCCCCCAGCGCAAUCCAAUUUUCAUGGCAAUGGGUAACAUCACAGCCGAGCAACAUGUUCUCCGAACAUUACAAAAGAUCCCUUCACCUGCUCUCAACGACGCCUUACUUGUCGUUCCUUUCAGCACACUUCCCGUGCUCUUCACCUUCUUGAGUAUCUUCAUACAACAUCGCAUGCAGCCGCAACUCGCCUGGCGCGUGACGUAUUUCUUACUUCAAGCACACACCACGCAAAUUGUCGCGUCGAAGCAGAUGAAAACAGUAUUGACGUCUAUCUUGACGGCGUACGACACCUGGCAAGCGGAGGAGAGCAGGAUUCUCGGGUUCAACCUUGCGGCUUUGGAAAUUUUGGGUCGCGAAGUACGAGACAGGGAAUUGGUGGAUGGCUAUGUGGGCGAUACAACAGUUGAUGGAGAAGACGAGGACGAUUUGACAAAGGGUAAGAGGAAGCGGGCUUUCAAUAAUAUCGCAUGAUGUACUGGCGCAAGUUUGGAAAUGAUGAAUGUACUCAUACAAUGGCACGGCUAUACCGUGUCAUGCGCCUUUGAGUGGGUUGUCGAUGUGAUUGAUGCAAACAUUCCAAGGUUGGAAAGCACGUGAAGGCGACCAAUUUAAUACGCGGUCCGGCUGCCCGGCACGUUUGAGUGGUCUUUUUGAGGACCACGAAGUCUUAGGCACAACACCUUGUGGUCAUUCUAUGCCAGGAAUACGGUCAAUUGAUCCAAUGGGUAUGUAUUGAU